AUGUCAAUUAAUCGUAAAUUAGACUGGUUUUACUUCUGGUACUUUGUGAUACAUGUGCCUAUAACAGUACUUAUUGACUCAUGCUUGAUUGUACCUCCGUCAUGGCAAUUCAAUAUUCAAAAGACGCUCGUACAAUUCCAUAUUGCUACAAAUAAUGAUUUCUUACUUGACACUUUACCAUUAUGGUUACAAGUUUUUGGCUUUGUAGAAUUGGUUUUCCAAUUGCCUUUAUUUGUUUACGGCGCUUUUAAAUUGUAUAACAAUGACAUUACCAUUUAUCCAUGGUUAGUUAUAUAUGGGUUCAAUGCUUCAUUUACAACUUUGGUAUGCUUAGUUUAUGUACUUGCAGAAGGUGAAUCUCAUGGAUUAUUACUGGGACAAGUUUGGGGCUUAUUUGGAUUAUAUGUUCCAUACUUUAUAAUCCCAUUAGUGAUGUUAAUUGAUUCUAUGAACAGAAUUUUAAAGAAAUUAGUUAUAAAGGAGAAAACUUUAUAG